AGGGGAGCGCUACAACAGCAACAGCGGAGGCGCAGCAGCAGCAGCAGUUACGGAGGAAAGCAAGCGGCGGUAGCGCUACCAGCAGCAGCAGCAGCAGCGGAGGGGGCAGUGGUGGACCCAUGGGUCGUUCGGUCACCCGGCCCCUCCUCGCUCCCCAGGUGGAGAUGAAGGAUCGCGAGCAGAUCCACGAGUCGUUACUGACCGGGGUCAAGGCGCUAGACAUCCUGACCCCGCUAGGCCGCGGCUCCUCUCUGCUGCUGGUGGGCCCCCCGGGCAGCGGCAAGACGCGGGUGGCACUGGACGCAAUAGCGGGGCAGGCGGCGUGGUGGGGGGCUGCGGCAGCGGCAGCAGGUGGCUCGACUGCAGGGGCCGUUUCCUCUUCAUCCUCCUCCGCAGCAGCAGGAACAGCAGCAGCGGGGCCUCAGUCUCCUCCGCCUCCUCCCAGCGGGGCGGUGCGCUGCGUGCUAGCACUGGUGGGACGUCCGAGGGAGGAGGUGCAGUCCAUCAUCUCCCAGCUGCGCUCCUCCGGUGCGCUGCCCUCCACCGCCGUGGUAGCUGCCCCCGAGGGAUCGCCGCUGGGGCACCAGCUGGCUGCCACCUGCUGCGCAUGCGCGAUUGGAGAGCGCAUUCGCGAUGAGGGCGGUCAUGCGCUGGUGGUGGUGGACGACCUGCGGCCGCUGAGUGACACCUGGGAGCGACUGCUGGGGGGGCUGGCGGCUCUGGGCCCCGCCCGGCUUCGAGAGGGACUGGUGAAGGACGAGCGGGGCCGGGACGUCAACGCUGGCGCCUCCGCCGGACCUGCACCCACCUCUGGAUCCACCCGACCCCCCACUCUGUCACCAUCACCACCUCCACCCGCCUCCUCCUCCACCCCACCCUCGGCCUCCCCACCUCAACCAAGCAGCUCCUCCGCCUCCAGCGAAACCCCUUCAUCCCCUGCGUCUGCGCCCGCCUCCUCCUCCCCAGCAUCAUCAUCCCCUCCUGCCUCAAGCUCCUCCGUGCCCUCCUCCUCUCAAGCUGCCCCCUCCCCAUCAGCUGCUCCUGCGGAUGCUGCAGGUGCUGCAGCCGUUCCUGCCUCCUCCGCCUCCGCCGCCUCCGCCAGUAGCAGCAGCGGCAGCAGUGGCGAUGAUGGUGGCGAUGAUGGUGGCGAUGAAGGGGCGUUGGUGGAGUGGGAGGGCAUGCUGGUAUCUGGGGCGGUGGCGCAGCGGAGGGGCUUCCUGUCCACCUUCUUCCUGCGCGCCGCCAAGCUGUCCCGCACCAGCGGAGGCGGCUCGUUGACGCUGCUGCCGCUGGUGCCUGGCUGCUGCGCCACAGGCACCAGCAGGCGCAUCAACUUGAGCAAGUACAAGACACUCAGUCCCGAGCAGAUCGCUAAAUUGGAGGCCGCCCUUCGCGCUCGGCAGCUGGCGGACGAGCUGGCCUCCGCUGGGGGUGCGGGCGGCGAGCUGGCGACUGAGGUGGUGGAGGAGUUCAUUUCCAUUGCGGAUGGGCAGUUGGUGCUGCGGGAGCCGCAAGGGAGGGGCGGCAGCAGGGGCGGCGGGAGUGAGAGUGGGAGCGGCAGCUGCAGUGAAGGGAGUGGCGGGGCAGUCUUCUCCCCCGCCAGCUCCCCCUCCUCCUCCCUCUCACCCGCCUACCAGCCCGACCCGCGGCUCAGCCUCACGCGCAUCGGCUCCCGCGCCUACUGCCCCGCCCUGGGGCAACUGGCACCGCAGGUGCGUUUGCAGCUCAUUCAAGCAGAGGACGCGCGACGCUUCGCAGCCGCAGCAACCGCCCGGAGCACUGACAGCAGCAGCACCACCACCAGCACUACGGACCAGCGGGCGGACGCGGCAGCCCAGCGGCUGGCUGCGGCACUGCUGCAGGAGCCGGGGCGACCCGUGGGUCUGUCCGAGCAGGUGGUCACCCUGUUUGCAGUACAGCGAGGCUACUUGGAUGCCGUACCGCCGGACCAGGUGGCUGCCUGGCUGCAGGGGGCGAUGAGGCACCUGGCGGGGUCGGCGGCGGGGACCAUGCAGGAGCUGGGUCGCACGGGUGUGUUGUCUGCUGACCUGGAGGCGCAGUUGGCGGCGGAGCUGGGGGCGUUCGGCAGCAGCUGGCGGGCGGGGUGGUGAGGAGGGAGGAGGAAGCGAGGAGACGAGGGAAAGGGUAAGGAUAGGAGACCUGCCUUGCGGAGAUGAGGUGCCGGGUCCUCCUCCAUGCGAAGAGUUGUGUUAAAAUAACAGGCCGCGAAGAGUUGUGUAUGCGCGUUGGGGUAAACAUUGUGUUGGGUUGAGUUGACUUUGGUUGGGCGAGGGCGAGGGCGAAGGCGAGGGUCGAGUUGAGCUGAUGAGAGUUGUUAGCGGGUUGCUUGGCUGCUUGGUUGCACCCCUUUGGACUGCCACAAAGGUUUAAGAAGACAGAGACGAGGGCCGUUGUCUGGAGGAGAGGUUGUCAUUGGUGUGGGCGUUGGGCGCCAGCUUUCGUUGGGCGCUAGAUGCAGGUGUGCUGUCUGGUGUGGAAGGCGUGAAGUGCUGUUGGGGCGUGGCGUCAGGGAAAGACGUGAGUGGAUUGAAGUACGUCGACUCUUGUACAAGCAGGAAACACAUGUAGGGCAUGGUCUAAAAGUGAGGGGACGCGGCAACAAACGGCUGAGAGUCGUUGGAACCCGGCCUUGCCUGGUUAAGAAGUGGCA